AUAAACACCACUUUCCUAUGGACUAAACGUCACUUCCGACUUAGAACUUGCAUGCUGCUGAUGAUGGGAACUUCAGAAUCUCUGAAAAGUUAACCGUAGAUAGCUUAGUUAUUUUAAAAGAUAUCAAGUGCAAAGCAGACAGAACUAAAAAUGGAUCAUCCAUUAGAUAUUGUCAGUGAUCUUCAGCAUUCAUUAAUGAAUUCUCAUGGUCUGCUGAAGAAAAUGAAAGCCAUUUCCCGUCAGCUUAAUGCCUCUCAUACCCUGCUGUUAAUGAAACAAAGUACAAGUAACGAACAGUUGUCUGAGUAUGUACAGGAUAUUAGAAUGAAACUAGAAAUAUUUCACGAGGAAAUGAUGCAUGAAUUAGCCAGCGCUUUCCAAGAAAAGACAUCUUACCUCAACUCAUGUUUAGUGCAGUUACAGCGAGAAGAGGCUACAGUAAAACAGCUGUGUUUGGAAACAGAAGGACUUCUAAAGAAAGUGGUCAAAACAGUUAAUCCUGCACAGUUUCAGAGAGGGAAAACUCUCCUGGAAGCUUUUAAGAUAAUUUCUAAAGAGAAUUCUGCCGACCUUGAACUGGAGGAAGAUGUUAUAUGUUUAGACUUUGUACCUCAGAGACCAGCUGAUGACUACUCUAACUUUGGAAGUAUCAGAAUUAAUCAUGCUGACAACCUGGUUAACAAUAAUCAGAAAGACUUGAACCAAAAUAGGGUGACACUGUCCAAGUCCAGUCAAACAGAAGUACUGUUUAAAGACUAUUGUCCAUUUUGUGGACGUACUUACAGUAAAGGCAAGAAAGAUGUAGACAGCCAGACUAUGAUAAGCUGUGUAGAGUGUGAAACACCGUCCCCUGUACAUGUGGAGGAGAAUGAUAUUGCUAGUAAAUCAGUAAAUUCAACUGAACAGGUUUUACAAAAUAAAUUUCCCAGUCAGGGUGUAGCUAUGAACAGUAUUUUAAAAAAUUUAGAUAACAGAAAGAUUUUGGAAACUGUUAAUCCUAACAUCUCUCCUUGUGUCAGGUUGGUACGUAACUUUCUAGAGGAUGUUGGUUUGAGUAAGAGAUCCACAUCAGAGGAGAGUAUUUCCUCAUAUCCUGAAGAUUGUAAAAUUUCGCCUUCAAAACAUCUUAGGAAGGAGAAAUCAUCAGCAAAAGUUCAAAUGAGAAAAACGGCUGGGAAGAAACUGAAAGAUAAAAAGUUUGAGGAAGGUUUUGUUUGGAAUAGUAGUGAUGAUGAGAUGGCUGAGGAAAGAUCGUCCUUAAAUGUAAAAAAUCAUGGAGACAGAAAAGUAGAUGGUAAAAAUCAUCCCCAACAUGAUACUGACAACCACACACAGAAUUUAUAUGUACCACCUCCUCCUGGUAUUGCAGAAGUACCAAAGAUGACAGCUCUCCCUCUAUCUGAGAAGGAGACACUCACACAGAAGAAACCAAUGUUAGCUGCUCGAAGUCUGUCUAUGUUGACUGGUCUGAUGACUACAGCCAAAGCUGAGAAUGUCAUACAUGAGCCACAUAUUAGUCAUAAAGGUCCUGAAGAUGCUGAAAAUUCAGACUGGUGGCGAAAAUCAUCUGAUACAAACAAAUUCCAGUCACAUGUAUCUCCAAUUAUAGAACCCAAAUCUAUUGAAAAAUGUCUGCCAUUUGGAGGAAGUCUAGGCUCAGGGGAAAGUAAAACAGAACAUUGGUUGAAUGACCAGUCAGACAUGGUGACCUCUAAUUCUAUUACAAGUACACCUAAAGGUCAAAAGAAAAUUGCUGAGUCAAUAUAUACAGAUCAAAGUCUUACCGAUGAAGAAGCAGAGGAAUUUAGAUUGAGGAGACCUUUAAGCAGUAUAAAGAUAUCUCCCCGUCCAGUAACGGUUAAAACUGAAAAAGAUGCAAAUAACAAUUUUAAUGCUAUCCCAAUAAAUUAUAGAAUGGCCAGUCUAGAAGGAAGUGGUGGACAUCUUGACCAUAAGAAGCAGAGUAUUAUACCAUCACCCGUAAAAUUUGAACCCGUACCGUUGCCUGUUAAAUUUGAACCCGUACCAUUACCUGUUAAAUUUGAACCCGUACCGUUAUCUGUAAAAUCAAUGGUCAAGACUGAAAAUCUUCAUACCAAAGAUGACAGGACAGAUUGGGAUUCAAGCGGUGUAGCUGAUUCUGGCUGGGAAGAAGAUUCUGGAGUGUCUGAUGGUAAAGAUUCCGGAAAGUUUGGCAACAAUUCGUUGGAAACCUCCCAAGAGAAAGCUACAUUCAUUAGGGGCGGAGAAGUAUGGACAGAAACUGUUCCCAAGGUUAAUACGACUGGGAAAAGUAACCCUCCUUACAGGUCAAAUGUGGGGAUAGGUCACAAUGCAAUGAAUGACUGGUGUGAAACAGGCAUAAAUUCUAAAACAGGACAACAUUAUGUACACAGCUUAAACAAGUUACAGGAAGCAUAUAGUUCAGGUGAUGAAUGGUGUGAGACAGGAUCUGGUGCUAAAAGUAAACAAGUAACCAGUUUGUUAACAGGCAAAAAGGGGCAUAACCCUAAAGAUGAUUGGGGUAGUUCAGGAACUGGUACUGUAACAGGAAUCACUAUCAGUAUGAGCAAAGUUAACAUCAGAGAACCAAAUGAAACAAAACUGAACAAACCUGUACCAGACAUGCCAAGUGUUAAUCCUAGAGCUAGUACACUUAGUCCUGUUGCUAAAUACAUAGAGAAAAUGUCAAAAGGUGUAUCCAAGAUUCUGCCUCCAAUACCAGCCAAACUCAUCGGAAAAAUUGGUGGGAAAGACCAGGGUUUCCAUUUCCCAAUAGGUGUCACCACUUCCAGUAAAGGGGAUGUCAUAGUGGCUGACACUGGAAAUCACCUUGUUAAGAUUUUCACAGCUGACGGCAAGCUGAAACUGACCAUUGGUACCACGCUAAAACCUGCCAUGCAGAGACCAUCAGCAGUGGUUGUGAAUGAGAGAGAUGAACUGUUUGUAAAGGAUGAUAAAUGUAUCAGAAUGUUUGAUUUAGAGCGAGGUGCUAUAAUUAGACAGAUGGGUAUUGGUCAGCUCUCUCAACCUUAUGGUCUGAGUAUGACUCCAGACAAAAAUCUGUUGACACUGGAUGUUGAUAAAAGAAACCCCAAAAUAGUUAUUUUCUCCCAGAAGGGAGAACUGGUUAACUCAUUUCCUUAUGAGCCACUGCAGGGACGUAUUCCACAGACAAGAUGUAGAUUUCUAGAUGUUGGCCAGAGUUCACUUGUUGUCAGUGAUCUAGGUCGACAUGAGAUCUAUGUCACAGAUCUAAAAGGAAAGAUCAAGUCAUACUUUGGUAGAGGAGGAUAUGGCAAUGGAGAGUUCUUUGAACCCUCAGGUGUUGUUGUGGAUAGUACUGGUAAUAUGAUUGUCGCAGACAGUAAAAAUGACAGGGUUCAGAUAUUCCGUCCAGAUGGUGGAUUUUUGUGUAUUGUUGGUUUCUCAGAACCCAUCAAAAGACCCUCCGAUAUGCAUUUAACAGAAGAUGGACGUCUAAUUGUUGUCAACUUCCUCAAUCAUCAGCUCAAAAUUUACAAACUAGGUGAUACCUGAGAAUUAUGUGGUAGGCGUGUCAAUUAACCAAAAUCAUAAUUGGUUUCAAAGAAAUGGAUAUGUGCCUGUUAUUCCCUGAUUAUUAUAAGAGAAAAAAAUAUAUUUUUCACGAUAAUGUGAAGUAGUAAAUACAUGUAAUGGAGGAAUUUGAACAAUAAACUGAUAUUGAAAAAGAAGCAAAUUAGAAUGACUUUGUUAACACUUAGAUAACAAGGUGGUAGUCCUACAUGUUAGAUUUUAUUUUUCGCAUUCCAAAGUAAUCAUGUUAUUUUUUUUAUGUAUUUUUUGGUUUAAACAGUUAUUUAGGUUUAUGUAGAUUUGUAUUAUAUGUAAGGCCAGUAUUUUAGACGAGGUAUAAUUAAGAAUAAUUGUUAUGUGUUUGGCACUGUUGUCAGUUGCGGCCAUAAUGGUUGAAAUAAAUAUACUGUGGAUUCAUUUAUUUUCUUGGCUACCAAUUUUCGUCGAUUGGGGAAAGCUUGCAUAUUUGUAAAUGUUUGAUUUCGUGGUUUUCGAAAGUCUGCAUUUAAUCCUACAGCAAAUAAUCGAUUCCUUGAACAUUUAAAUUUGUGGUUUCCCUGUACCAAGAAAAUCCACGAAAAUUUGUUUCCAACAAAUGAUAAUGAAUUCACAGUAUAUUAUAGACGUGUUUACACUUGUAUGCAAAUUUGUCUGCCAUUAUGUAAAUCACACAAGUUCACGUAAACUUUGACAUCAUAAUUCAAAACAUUUGACGUCACAAUUAAAAAGUGAUUGUUGCUUGACAUCAAAAGGUGAUUCGGAGUAGAUCUAAGGUCAUUUGAAGGCAAAAUACAGCUAAAUACAAAAAGUGUAAAUACGUUUAUUGAUGUAAAGGUGAACCUGAAAAGCAGUAUAAGUGACUGCCAUUUCCAAACUGAUGCUGGUAUUUCUUUUCUAAUGUCAUUAAUUUUACUAUUUGCCAAAUUUUCAACAACUAUGGAAACAUUGACUUCAAGUGUACAACAAUGUUACCAAAUACUUGGAUGUUUAUUUGUCAGAGAGCUUUCAUAUACUAGGUAGGAGGACUAUGUGUAGUUCCAUUCUCUUGACUAUUCCACCUGACAGAUUUCAUUUCAACAUAAGUAAACCAUAGUUUUAAAGUCAGUUGCAGAGUUCACGAAAUCUCUUUUCCCCUGGUGGACCUUGAAGAAAAUCUGCUGGUCCUAACUAUUAAUUCUAUUGAAAAAUACUAAAAUUGUGUCAGUCCUAUGCAAAAUUUUGGUGGUUAAAUCCUGAGAACCACACUUUUUGCGAAUUCUGCAGUUAUCCUUUAGAGUGAAAUUAUAUACAUUUAUACAACUUUGAUUGCUCUUGAAUCAUUUUUGCAACCUUAUUUCUUGCAUAACCAUUUAUAUUAAGUCUGUAGUUCUUGAUUAAUUGGAAGUUAUGUCUUUGAUUGAUAUUAUCAUGAAUUAGCCAUGGUACACAAAUGGGUUUGUUAGUAUCAUUAAAUCUGUUUUUGUUUUCAAUAAUUUUGUAUACAAGUUAAAAAGGUAUUUUUGUUAUAUUUUUUUUUAGUUAACAUAUCAUAAUUUGUUAUUGUUGUAUCAAGUUUAACAUAUUUUAGUGUUAGAAAUAUAAUGUAAACAAUUACGAGAUUUCAUGGAGAUUUUAGCCCUCAUUGAAAUGUAUUUAUAUAUUUCUUUUUCCUAGAUCUUUUAAAGUCAUAAAAGAAGUAGUUUAAGAAAAAAAAUCAGGAUAAAUAUAUCGUAGAAAAUUCCUACUUGUAGACAAAUAAUUUUACCAUUUAGAAAAAGCAGUAAAAGAAUAAAUUGCACUAAUUGGUUUAUAUUCUUCAUCAAUUGGCAGUGGCACCUUAUAUCCAGACACUAAAAGUGGAGCUAUGUUGCAUUCACCAUGUCCGUUUAUCCAGCACAUGUUUCUUCCACACUUUUUCCAUUGGGCCUUGGUAGCUUAGUGGUCUAAUAAGACAUAUUGCUAUAUCCCAAGCCUGUCAACACUGAGGUGAGUUUGAUCCCUUUCGAUUCUUAUAAUUGACUGGGAUUGUCAGUUUUCCAACUGAAGGUCAGUCGCUCUCUCUCUGGCACUUUGUCUUCCUCUAACAUUAAAAACUGAAUAAAUACCAAUCAAUCCAUUAUUAACUUUUCUAAUGAUUAACAGAACAGUGAUUUCAUUCUUAGUAAGCACUUUUACAAUGAUGAGUUGUAAUGUGUGUCUGCUUUCUGUUAAACAAGGCAAACAUUGUUUGGCCAAGUUUCUUCAAAUUGAAGGUUUAAAGAAACUGCAAACUGUACUUUAAAUUGAAAACCUAUAUCCAAAGAAAAUUAUCAAAAGCAGUCAUCAUGCAUUCAAAUCAUGGUCACAUGAAAAUUUGUAUGUUUAUAUUUGUUGGGGGCCAUGUGCUUUUUUUUUUAGGGGGCAUUAUGUUUUUUGGUCUGUGACUCUUUCCUGCUUCAAGUUCAAGUUUUUGGCCAAUGAAGUUAUUGAUGAUGUUAAAGUCCAAUCAACUUGGAACUUUGUGCACAUGUUCCCUAUGGUAUGAUCUUUCCAAUUGUGCUGCCAGGUUCAACUUCUAAGCUUUACUAUUGGACAAGUGUUCAGAUCCUGAAUUGCGCAUUCCUCAAUGGAUAUGGUAAUCGUAUCCAUCUCGGUUACUUAAACUUGUAGCUUUUUCAUCCUUUCUUUCCCAUAAGGGCUAACUGCAAGGUUUAUGAUAAUAGCUAAAUGAUUGAUAAUAAAUGUUUACAAUACUUUAUUUCAGAAGAUUAAUAAUGAUAUCAGUCAGUGGAGACAUUAAUUCAUUUAUUCCAGAAUACAUGUAUUUGAAAAUUGCAUUGAAAAUUAAGCUCUCUUAACUUCCAUUAAGAGAUUUACUUUUUUUUUUAAAAGAAAAGAAGAAGAUCACAAGAGUUUUUACUGAAUAUUGUAGUGCAAAUUAUCAAAAUUAUUAGAUUUCAGUCCUGCUUUCUAAAUAAAGGAUGAAUGUACAUUAUUAAACCAAAAACAAAUUGUGAAUGGAAAAACUGUUUUUGAGCAGAGAUUGACCUUGUAAUUAUUUUCUAGUCAUUUUGUUUAUGGGAACAUUUCUUUUUUGUUAAAUAUGUACAAAUGUUACAAGAAUAAAGUUUAAAAAUA